CAGUGACAGCUCAGUCAGCGGCUGGAGCAGAAUGGACUGCCGUAACUUCCACCGAGAUGUUCUCUGACAGAAUAUGCGGCCGUGCGUGAGCGUGUUUUAACUCUGUGUGAGUGUGUGUUAGAGGCGGGGAGGUGGACACACACACAUGCACUGCCUAAAAAAACAAUGGCAUUGAACAGAGUGUCUCAACUCUGCCACGAAAUCACCAGGCUAUGGCUGCAGCUGAAGAUGAUGACAGAUGACAUCGUGCAAAAGGAUGAUACUCCUAUGUAUGCAGCACAAAUCGGCUCUGAACUCCAGAAGCAGUUUGCCAUCCUGCCAGGGGGGCGAGGGAUGAAUGGAAACCCCGUCAUCGUCUUCCCAGAAUUCCCAACUUUCAGCGAGCUAGAAGAGGAGGAGCUCCAAAAUGUCCUCAGCUACCUCACGAGUGUCCCCAGUGUGGAAGCAUCAGGAGUGGGUUUCAUCCUGGUCAUCGACAGACGGCUGGACCGAUGGGCUGCCGUCAGGGCCACCCUGCUCCGCAUCGCAGGUUCAUUUCCCGGGAACUUACACUUGGUUCUGGUGUUGCGUCCCACUACUUUGUUCCAGCGGACUCUCUCGGACUUCCUGUUCAAGUUCAACAGGGAUGAGUUCAAAAUGAAGGUGGUGAUGCUGAGUUCUGUGACUGAGCUCCAUGCGUAUAUCGAUCCAGGACAACUAACCAAAGAGUUGGGAGGCACACAGGAAUACCACCAUGACAGCUGGAUCUCACACCGCACUGCCAUUGAGGCCUUCGCCCUCAUGGUGAAGACCACGGCUCAGACCUUGCAAGCGUUUGGCACUGAGCUUGCAGAGACCGAGUUACCCAACGAUGCUGAGGCCACCACCAUCCUGCUGCAGACGCACACACUGAAAAAGGAUACAAUGAAGGAGGACCUGAGGGUGGCGCAGUCACAAGGAGGACGGCUGCUGGAUUGCAUCAACGAGCCUCUCAAGGCAGACCCCGAAUACAACAUGAUGCAUGAUGAACAGGAAAACUUGGCCACUGUGCAGAGACUCCUAGGUCAGCUGGAUGAGACGGAGACGGCAUUUGACGACUUCUGGGAACGCCACCGUACCAAGCUGGAGCAGUGUUUGCAGCUCCGCCAUUUUGAGCAGCACUUCCGUGAAGUGUGCGCCCAGCUUGAUGUGAUGUCCGAGCGAUUGUCAGGCUUCUCCGAGGUCAGCAUAAGCCCCGCCCAUGCAGAGCACGUCCUCAGAGAGCUCAGCGGCCACGAGGAUAAAGCCCGAGACAUCUUAGAUGUCGCCUUGUCCUUGGUCAGUGAAGGUGACAGGCUGAUAGAAAACUCCCACUACGCCGAGGACUCCAUCAGGCCAAAGUGCACCGAACUGAGAGGAGUGUGUGAGGAGAUCAGCUCCACUCUGAGGAGCAAAAAGAGCCUCCUGCUAAGAGCCAUGGAGCUCCACCACGCUCUGGAGAAGGCAUCGCACUGGUGUGAGGAAGGCAUCUUCCUGUUGGCUAACCAGCCAGUGGACCGCUGUCAGUCUCAGGACGGGGCAGAAGCAGCUCUACAAGAACUGGAGAGAUACCUGGAUACAGCAUCCCUGCACACCCUCACUGACCGCAGCGCCAUCUGCUGCCAGUACGAGGCGGUGCUCAACUCUCAGCUCAGGGACCAGAUAGAGAGAGUUUUCCAGAAGCAAAGCUCCGUCCAGGAGAUGUUCGAGAAGAGACGCGUCAGCCUGAAGAAGCUCGCCGCUAAACAGACGAGACCAGUCCAGCCAGUAGCUCCAAGACCUGAAGUCAAGUCUCCGCAUUCUUCUCCCCAUCUAGAGAGAAAAGACAGGAGAUACUCUGCUGAUAAUGCCCUCUCCAAAAAGGUGGAGUCUCCUGUACACAACGGUGGCACAAGACAUGCUUCUCUUUCAGAAGAAGAAGAAAACUUGGCAGUGCUUCGCCGUCACGUGAUGAACGAGCUGCUGGAGACGGAGAGAGCUUACGUCGAGGAGCUGCUGUGUGUGCUGGAGGGCUACGCGGCAGAGAUGGACAACCCUGCCAUGGCUCAUCUCAUCCCCAGCAACCUGCACAGCAAGAAGGACAUCCUGUUUGGGAACAUGCCGGAAAUCUACCAGUUUCACAAGAGGACAUUUCUGAAGGAACUGGAAGCAUACACUGACUGCCCAGAGCUGGUGGGCCGCUGCUUUUUAGAACGGAUGAAGGACCUGCAGAUCUACGAGGCUUACUGCCAAAAUAAACCUCGCUCCGAGAGCUUGUGGAGACAGUGCUCCGACUGUGCCUUCUUCCAGGAGUGCCAGAAGAAGCUGGAACAUAAACUUGGAUUGGACUCCUACCUCCUUAAACCCGUCCAGAGAAUCACCAAGUACCAGCUACUGCUUAAGGAGAUGUUGAAGUACAGCAAGGGCUGUGAUGGUUGUGACGACCUACAGGAAGCGCUGUCCUCCAUUCUUGGGAUUCUCAAAGCCGUUAAUGACUCCAUGCAUCUCAUUGCCAUCACAGGAUAUGAGGGUAACCUGUCAGAGCUGGGUCGUCUGCUGAUGCAGGGCUCCUUCAGCGUGUGGACCGAGCAUAAGAAAGGUCACGCCAAAGUGAAGGACCUGGCCAGGUUUAAGCCCAUGCAGAGGCACCUGUUCCUGCACCAGAAGGCCCUGCUCUUCUGCAAGAGGAGAGAGGAGAACGGGGAGGGCUACGAGAAAGCGCCGUCUUACAGCUUCAAACACUCCCUCAGUAUGAGUGCGGUGGGCAUCACAGAGAAUGCCAAGGGAGACAACAAGAAGUUUGAGAUCUGGUGCAACUCGAGAGAAGAAGUUUUUAUAGUGCAGGCCCCGACGCCGGAGAUUAAAACGGCAUGGGUGAACGAGAUCCGCAAAGUUUUGACUCAGCAGCUCAAAGCCUGCAGAGAUGCCAGCCAGCAGAAGAGCUCAGACUCUAUGUCCCCAAGUCCCACCAGCAACAACACUACUUCCAUCUCUCUCAGCCCUUUCCGCAGCAGUGGUCAGAAGAACCAGAAGAAGCAAGAGGAGAAGAAGACUGAGCCAGCCCCGACCUCUGACAGCAACUCGUCAUCCUCGCCGAAACACAAAGAUGAGCCGGUGACCAGUCCGACCACUGACAGGUCCUCAGUGGCCAAAAAGCGUUUUACUUUGCAGGGCUUCAGCAAUCUCAAGAGUCCCAAAGACAGUCUGCCUCCUGGUGGCUCGACUCUGAGCCCUGAGCACAGCUCCAAACGCCACCUGGUAAAGAGCGAUCCCACACCAUUUGGGUUCAAAGAGCCGGCUCCCCACGUCACUCUGAGCAGAGUCAGAUGGAUGAGCACCUCUAGUCUGUUACAGAGCAAGCGGCGAGGCUGGAACAAGGCGUCUCUCUCAGCGGACGCCUCAGAAGAGAAUGAUGGGUACUCCAGCGGCGAGGACCCCAUGAACUCUGACCCCGAGGACGAAGUAGGAAAGAAGCUGGCUCCAGGAAAGUAUACUGUGGUAGCAGACUGCGAGAAAGCGGGACCUCAGGAGCUGUCUGUUAAGAGUGGAGACAUGGUCCAGCUGAUCAGAGAAGGAGAGGAGGGACAGUGGUUCGUAAAGAACCUUCGCACCAGUAAGGAGGGCUGGGUGGCAGCAGCAAACCUCCUCAGCCUCAUCUCAGAGUCCAAGUCAUCUCAAUCACUCAGCAGCUCAGAUGGCAGCGUCUCUGGGAACCUCAGCACUUCUUCCAGCUGCAGUGAGACCUACACCAGCUUCUCCGACAUCAAACCCUGACCUGAGUCAGGUCUUCCCAGCUUUUUUUUUUUUUUUUAAUCACUGCACCUAAAAUCAUUUUGUACAGGUGGAAAAUGCUUAAAAAACAAAGGAAAAAAAAAAAGCUGGAGUUUGGUCUGACAGGAGGACAGUCACCCACCUCACAGUUUAUAAAUCCAUCUGAAAACCAAAACUUUCUCUGCAGAUCAGCCAGCGCUGACUAAGUGCUAACUGCCCCCCUUUUUCUGGAGUAUUUAGAAGAACUGCACUGUCAUUUAAAAUUGUUUUUAUAUUCAAAGGUGUCAGCAUGUUGGUAGAAUUUAAGUAUAGAUUUUUUUUAUUUUUUAUUUUGCCGUUCCUUCGAGCGAGAGGGAAAUAUCAGGGAUAUCUGUCGGCACACAAGUCAUGUGAUGUAUCACCUCCUGCGAGGCCUUCUUUAAAGCUAAAUGUCCGCAGUCUAAUAACUUACUGAACAGGCAGUCCAGGCCUAGUGAUUAUGUAGCAUUAAUGUGGAGAGGUUAGAAAGGACAUCUGCACUAAACACGCGUCGUCUGCAGAGGGGACAGAACUGCUGGUUAGUCGAGCCCCUUCAAGUCGAUGACGACAUCGCAGCACGGCAACAGAUUCUUGUGCAGGAGGAUGUUAUGUAGACAAACACCAUCAGACCCCCGAUAAUGCUGGCUUUGGUGUCAGUCGCUGAUCGCACACUGUGAAAAGUAGCAGGCGGCCGCAAGAGGAAAAAUGCUUUCAGUACAUCUGGGAGGAAAAGUGAGCAGGUUGAUUGCGUGGAGGCGUUUUGUGUUGUUGAAGCUACUAAAGAACACUGUAUUCCUCACACAUGGAUAAUGAGCUUCCCUUAAAAGCUGUUUUUAUGAUAUUAAGAGCCGCACUAGGUGAAUGUCAACAGCAGUACAACCUGGUGGUCAGGUGUCUUGCACUUCAUUCUAAACAAAUCUUUUUCCUCCUAUGAGGAAUUGAGCAACCCACCGGUGCACUGCUCUGGAUUUUUACCUCUCAGGAAGAUGUUUCUGUAGGCAGACAGGUGUGACUGCAUACCUGUCUUUGUGUCCGUGUGGGUGCGCGCGCACACUCACCUGAUUGUUUGUGUUGACAACAGACAGCAGUUCGAUCAGAGUUUUUCAGACACAUGUGCAGCCUCUGCUCAAACAGCCAUCGCGGCCCAAAUCUCAGUGUUCUGAAUGUGUGUCUGUUUUUUGUGUCACCGUGCUCACCUAUCUUUGGUCUGCACCGCAGCAACAAAAGCAGGCUUUGUCCCCCUCCUCCCCCCUCCUCUCUGUGCAACCAGCCCCAUUCAAGCAUGUGACAGUAGCUGCUUCUCCGCAAGCUGGGUUAAUAAUACCACAGCCCAGACCUGCUCGACAUGUUUGCACCUCCGGCCUGAGAGCAAUACUUUGUGUACUUGACACCAAAAUGUAGCUGAAUAAACAUCACAGUUAAGUAACUAGUUUAGAAAAUCUGAUACGUCCACUGUUCUGAUGUAGAUUGAUGCCAACCGCCUUUGACGACCAGCUGUUCUGCACGCAACCUCUGAAACCUGUGCUAUUCUGAACACUGAAUGACACCUUGCUUUUUAAAUGUUUUUUAAAUAUAUAUCCCAGGAUUUUUACUGUAUCCACGAGGUACACUGUAAAACAAUCUCUCCUUUUUCCACCUGCGUUGUUGAAUGUGUGACACUGUUUCAAACAGGAAACCAGCUUGUCCACCUGCUCGACAAAGCCAUGAUUAACUGUUUUUUUUUUCUUUGAUUUUUUUUCUUAAUUGGACUAAAAUCAGUGCUUGUAAUCGUGAUUGGCUUCUCAAGAACUUACUGAGAAGCACUUUUUUUUCUUUUAAGAUCAUCCUACUGAACGUAAAGGAAGAGGAAACAAACCAGUUUACAGGCCUUUCGAUGUCAAACUGUGAGCUAAACUGUGGCUUGCAUAGCUGUGCGUCCACGUGCUGAGAAAUAAAUGUUACACUUGUACAGAUGUGUCCUCUUAUACCUCACACUGUUCCCCCUGAAGAGCAUGUAUAUUGUUAAGAGGAGUCUCUCUCUAUCUCUCUGUAUAUCAUCACUCUGUGUGGCAUGUACUUCAUAAGCCCCAUGCUGUAAACCUCCUGGAGAACUAUUUUUUACCUGUUGUACAUUGUGAGAGUUUAUUUUCUGCCCUCUUGAGAAAGCUGACAUGGGCACUAAAGUCGUCAGUUUUUUUUUUUGUUUUUUUUUUUUUUGUUUUGGUCACCCAAAUAAAAUCUUACUGUGUAAUUUGUACUUUUUCGACUCAGAGGCUGGAGACAUGAGAAAGGAUUCUAUUUUUUAAGUUUGUUUUUAUGCAGCACAUUGCAGCACCCACUGUCUUUAUUUUCCUAUUGCACAUCUACUGAAUAUGCUGUUGAUAUAACAGCAUAUUACGAUUUAAAACUUGUUACAAGACAUAUCCAUGUACAUUUGUAAAUAUGUAAUUCUGACUUGUAUGUAAAUUGAAAAGCAGCUUUAAUAAAGUCUGAAAUGGUUUCCUCUAUUGAAUUUA